AUCCCAUUCCCAUCUCUCUCUCUCUCUCUCUCUCUCUGCCGUGUGUAUACGUAGUACACAGUACACACUAUACUGGUGUGUGUGUGUGCGCGCGUUGGAGAAAAUCUUGUGAGCAAACUGCUACAAGGCAAGACUAGAACCAUUUGCACGAUCCUGCUUAAUUUGGAAAUUUAAACCCACCAAAACCUCUUCAUUUCUUCACUUCUAGCCUCCCAGUUCCUGCAAACCUGCUCUAGCAAUGUUUCGUCGGUGGAACAAUUCACAUCACGAGAAGGAUUCUGAUGAGCAGCAGGAAAAGGUUACUGAACUUAAGGCUGCUUUGGGUCCUUUAUCGGGACGUGGUUUACAGUAUUGCAGUGAUGCGUGCUUGAAGAGAUACUUGGAAGCCAGAAGCUGGAAUGUAGAUAAAGCAAAAAAGAUGUUGGAGGAGACAUUAAGAUGGAGGUCAACCUACAAGCCAGAAGAAAUUCGCUGGCAUGAGGUUGCUGUUGAGGGUGAGACUGGAAAGGUAUUUAGAGCUAAUUUUCAUGACCGCCAUGGAAGGACCGUUCUUAUUCUGAGACCUGGAAAGCAGAACACAACAUCUAUCGACAACCAGAUUAGACAUCUGGUGUAUCUCAUCGAAAAUGCCAUCCUUAAUCUGCCUGAAGGUCAAGAACAGAUGGCUUGGUUAAUAGACUUCACUGGUUGGUCUAUAACCAAUAAUGUGCCAAUCAAAUCUGCCAAAGACACAGUAAACGUACUGCAAAACCAUUACCCUGAGAGACUAGCUGUUGCAUUCCUCUACAGUCCUCCACGUAUUUUUGAAGCAUUUUGGAAGAUUGUCAAGUUUUUUUUGGAUCCCAAGACUUUUCAGAAGGUGAAAUUUGUGUACCCAAAAAAUAAGGAUAGUGUGGAGCUCAUGAGGUCAUAUUUCGAUGUGGAUAAUCUUCCGACAGAGUUUGGAGGAAAAGCCACGUUGCAGUAUGAUCAUGAAGAGUUCUCAAGGCAAAUGGCUCAGGAUGAUGUCAAAGCUGCAAAAGUAUGGGGUUUUGACAAACAUCCAAAUGGUUUUACCGGAGCUGAGGUUGCACCUGAGCCGGAGACCCUUGCUUCGCCUGCCAGCUGAAUUUCCAUCUUUAAUCUAGGAACGGGUGUAUAAUAUAUAUUAACGAUUAAUGGGCUCUCCUGCUUGACGGUAGGCUGCCACACCAAGGGACCUAAUAAUUGUUUUAACUUGACAAAGAAAGCCAAUUUCAAGGCUAUUAACUUACCUAUUGCUUUCCAAUGCUGAAGUAUUUGUUGUCCCAACGGGAGAUGUUUGCUAUAAAGAAUUUGGAUGAUCUUGGUAA